AUGUCUGAUCAACUUAAAGACAAAUCCCAAAGAAGAGAAAAGAAGGCAGGAAAGGCAUCUUCAGAGGGAAGCCAUGGAGUCAGAGGCAAAGAAACCACUGGCAGGACAAAGGACUCUAUAAGUACUGUGUCGUGCAUAGAUGAACUAGCACACCAUGACGACAAUGCACGGAUGGUUGUGUCAAUGGAGAACACCUACCAGAUGGGACCUUACAAACGCUUCCCUGUUCCUGCUGUCACAGACAUACUGAAGGAUGUUCUCACCAGUUACCUCCAAGAGGAGAAAUAUGAAGUAGAGUGGUCUCGACAAAUGACAAAAACCAUAAGUGAGGUGAUAAGAGCCCGUGUAAAGGAUCUCAUGAUCCCCCGAUAUAAGAUCGUCACCCUGGUUCACAUCGGCCAGCUCACAGGACAGAGCAUGCAGAUCAGCAGCCGUUGUCUUUGGGAUGCAUCUAAUGACACCUUCGCCUCUUACUCCUUCAAGAACAGCUCUCUGCUUGGUGUGGCAACUGUCUACGCUGUUUACUUUGAGUGA